AUGUCAUCCUGGACACCGGGCACACCAGUGCUCCAGAAGCCCAUCAAGACGGCCCUCAUCCAGUUGGCAUCGGGCAAGGACAAGGCUGCCAACCUCGAUCACGCGGCUAGCGAAGUGGCCAAGGCUGCAGCCGGCGGUUCUAAGCUAUGUGUGUUGCCUGAGUGCUUCAACUCUCCAUAUGGAACAAACUACUUCCCCGAAUACGCCGAGGUUCUCGUCCCAUCUGACGGAUCCAAACGAGAUGCACCUUCCUAUGAUGCCCUGAGCAAAAUGGCCAAAGACAAUGCCAUAUUUCUCGUUGGCGGUUCUAUCCCCGAGUACAACCCCGCCACGAACAAGUACCACAACACGUCCCUCAUCUUCGGACCGACGGGUGACCUGCUGGCCACCCACCGCAAGGUCCACCUCUUCGACAUCGACAUACCCGGCAAGAUCACCUUUCGCGAGUCCGACGUCCUCAGCCCCGGGAACCAGGUCACCCUCGUAGACCUGGAGGGUUACGGCCGCAUCGCCGUGGCCAUCUGCUACGACGUGAGGUUCCCCGAGCUGGCCACCGUGGCCGCCCGCGCCGGCGCCUUCGCCCUCAUCUACCCCGGCGCCUUCAACCUCACCACCGGCCCCCUGCACUGGCGGCUGCUCGCCCAGGCCAGGGCCGUCGACAACCAGAUCUACGUCGCCAUGUGCAGCCCCGCCCGCGACCUCGGCGCCUCCUACCACGCCUACGGCCACAGCCUGCUCGUGGACCCCAUGGCCAAGGUCGUCGCCGAGGCCGAGGAGGCCGCCGACAUCGUCUACGCCGACAUCGAGCCCGCCCCCAUCGACGACACGCGCAAGAACAUUGCCCUGUAUAACCAGCGGAGGUUCGACGUCUACCCCGAUGUCAGCAAGGGCUCUGUCCAAUUCCAUGAUCCUACGCUGCCUCAGCCGGAGUAG